AUGACCGCCGAUGAACGUAACUUCCGUUCAAGUUAUUAUGAAAAAGUCGGUUGUCACAGUGUCGAGGAGAAGAAAUCACUGAACAAACUAUUGCAGGACAAUAUACGGAAUCAUGUUAAAUUGAAGCAAUUCUGUUUAAGUUAUACCGUUCCCACUACACAUCGUAGUCUAUUGUGGAAUAUAAUAUUGGGUGUAAUGCCGUUGCAUAAAAAUUCCACGGAAUUUAUUAUGGAUCAACGUAAAGCAGUCUAUGAUGAUCUGUUGAGAGCGGUGACUAUAAUGCAAUAUGUAAAUGCCUCAACGCCAAAAUCAAAAAUACUAUUAAGUAUGUGGCAAUUGGAAAAUAAUCGUCUAUUGCAUUCCGGACCAGAUGAUAUUGCCGAUCAGGUGUUUGCGGAAAUUGUUAAGGUGUUGCUGCAAAUAUUUGAAGAUGAUGUUGAGACGUAUUGGUUGGCAAAGGAAUUUUAUGCAUGUACAUUGGAUAUACAACAGGAAUGUCCACGAUUGAAAGAGUUGACUCAAACAUUACUCAAAAAGGAAGAUAUUCAGUUGUAUAACCACUUGGAUAAUUUGGAUGUCUUCAAAUCUGAUCAAUUAUUAGAUAGAUGGUAUAUAACAUGUUUUGCUGGUGUCAUCAAUGAAUCUACCUUGGUAAGAGUAUGGGAUAAGAUUUGUGGCGGCUCAAAGAAAAUUGUAGUUUUUAUAUUCUUGGAAAUGGCUAAGGCACUGAGCGAUAAGGCAAUGAAAUGUAAAAGUAGCCAAGAGUUUAAGCUGCUAAUAGAACAGGUCAAAGAUCCCGAUGCAUUAAUUGUUAAUAAAGCAAUUAAAACCUGGCAAAAUAGUAAUCAACACAGUGAAAAAAUAACCGUUCAUUAAAUUAAG